ACCGUUCAACGCUAAACGGUACGUAUGUAUCUUGUAUAUCUCAGGUCUCAGUCUUACCCGGCAUAUCCCAACCCCGUUUUCCCCGCUGUUGAGCCUUUCGCGGUGGCAGCAUCAAUCAACUUCGACUGAGAAAAAUAAUCCCUAUCGCUGCCCAUAGCCCAUCAAGUCAAUUUCACUCUUUCCCUCUUCCUCUCAAUACACAUUUCAUUCCAAAUACUCCCUUUUCCCGUGAUAGCCUCUCUUGCCAUUAGCUUGGUGAUUGCAAUUGCGUCUAACACCUGUGCAGCUUCCGGGGCGACGACACGGUGAAUCCCAAUCUUAAGAUAAAUCUUUUGCGGAUUUCAUACGACGAAGAUGUCUUCAGCUGCGGCCAACGGUGUGAACGGCACCGCCAGUGGUGGUUUGUCUGCAAACGAUAAUAUCGCUCGCUUCGCUGCUCCUAGCCGGCCUCUCAGCCCCCUUCCCGCACACGCCUUAUUCAACGACAAGACAAGAUGCUUUGUCUACGGUCUCCAGAACCGAGCUGUCCAGGGCAUGCUUGACUUUGACUUCAUCUGCAAGAGGCCCACGCCGUCAGUUGCAGGUAUCAUUUACACUUUUGGUGGUCAAUUCGUCAGCAAGAUGUACUGGGGAACUAGCGAGACUCUUCUCCCGGUUUACCAAGAGACCGCUAAGGCUGUGGCUAAACACCCCGAUGUUGACGUUGUAGUCAACUUCGCCUCCUCGCGAAGUGUCUUCAGCUCAACGAUGGAGUUGAUGCAAUACCCUCAAAUUAAGACUAUCGCUAUUAUUGCGGAAGGUGUGCCUGAACGACGAGCACGAGAAAUCGCCCACGUCGCGCGGCAGAAGGGUGUGACUAUCAUUGGCCCUGCCACCGUCGGUGGUAUUAAGCCAGGUAGCUUCAAGAUUGGUAAUACUGGUGGUAUGAUGGACAACAUCGUUGCUUCCAAGCUUUACCGCAAGGGUUCCGUCGGUUAUGUCUCCAAGUCUGGCGGUAUGUCGAACGAGCUAAACAACAUCAUCUCACAAAACACCGAUGGUGUCUAUGAGGGUAUUGCUAUUGGUGGUGAUAGAUACCCGGGAACCACAUUCAUCGACCACAUGCUGAGAUACCAGCAAGAUCCCGACUGUAAGAUUCUUCUGCUGCUCGGUGAAGUUGGCGGUGUCGAAGAAUACAAGGUCAUCGACGCGGUGAAGCAGGGUGUCAUCACUAAGCCAAUUGUCGCAUGGGCCAUCGGUACUUGCGCGAGCAUGUUCAAGACAGAGGUUCAGUUUGGCCACGCUGGUUCCUUCGCCAACUCACAGCUCGAGACUGCGGCUAUGAAGAACAAGCAGAUGAAGGAGGCGGGAUUCCACGUCCCUGACACAUUCGAAGAUCUCCCUCAGGUUCUCGCUUCUGUCUACAAGAAGCUUGUCGAAGAGAAGACCAUUGUCCCUCAGCCGGAACCCGUUGUUCCUAAGAUUCCCAUCGACUACUCUUGGGCCCAGGAGCUUGGUCUCAUCCGGAAGCCUGCCGCCUUUAUCUCCACUAUCUCUGAUGACCGUGGACAGGAGCUUCUCUACGCCGGUAUGCCUAUUUCUGAUGUCUUCAGGGAGGACAUUGGUAUUGGUGGUGUUAUGUCUCUCCUCUGGUUCCGUCGUCGUCUGCCUGAAUACGCCUCCAAGUUCCUGGAGAUGGUUCUCAUGCUUACUGCUGACCACGGUCCUGCGGUCUCUGGCGCCAUGAACACCAUUAUCACCACCCGUGCCGGUAAGGAUCUGAUCAGCUCCUUGGUUUCCGGUCUCCUCACCAUUGGUUCUCGCUUCGGUGGUGCGCUUGACGGUGCUGCUGAGGAGUUUACCAAGGCAGCCGACAAUGGCCUCAGUCCCCGUGAAUUUGUUGACUCUAUGCGCAAGCAAAAUAAGCUCAUCCCGGGUAUUGGUCACCGUAUCAAGUCGCGGAACAACCCUGAUCUCCGUGUAGAGUUGGUCAAAGAAUACGUAUUAGCCAAGUUCCCCAGCCACAAGUUGUUAGAUUACGCAUUGGCUGUCGAGACAGUAACCACCUCGAAGAAGGACAACCUCAUUCUCAAUGUUGAUGGUUGCGUUGCCGUCUGCUUCGUCGACCUUAUGAGGAGCUGCGGUGCUUUCAGCGCCGAAGAGGCUGAAGACUACAUGAAGAUGGGAGUCUUGAACGGUCUAUUCGUCUUAGGCCGCAGCAUUGGUCUGAUUGCUCAUUAUCUUGACCAGAAGAGACUACGUACCAGUCUAUACAGGCAUCCUUGGGAUGACAUCACUUACCUGCUCCCGACUCUGUCGAAUACCGGACCCGUCGGUGAAGGUAGAGUAGAGGUUUCGGUGAAAUAGAUAGACAACUGUUAUAGUCUGUGGCGUAUUUAGAGGUAUCGCAUUCCAAUGCGUUUUUUGUCCUGAUAAAUGGGAAGAGUUUUGCUAGAUAGUUACACAGAGGUAGAGAUAGCUGCCUCAAAAGGUCAGGUCGAGGCUGAUGACGAGCGGAGAUUUACCAUUUAGUUCAGCAGACGAGACGCAUGGUCAGAGCAUGUCUGUAGCAUAAUACCAAGUCGUAAAACUCCUUGUCGGUGUUUUUAUUAAUCUAAGCCAAAGAUUUGUGAUAUCUAAAGAGGCUUUUUAAUCGAACAUGAAGUUGGUCUACAAAAGUGUUUUACAUAGCAUUACAUACAUCC